AUGCGGGAGGCGCAGAACCGGAAUGAUUGGCACUGUAUUAUAAAAGUACGAGCAAUGUUCCGACGACUUGGGACAUUCUCGAUUACACAUCAGUUGAGCAUUAUGUGGAAGUGCGUGGUUAUCUUUUCAGCCGUUUUCGUGAUACAGAAUGUUGACGCUGGUUUCCAAAUUUCAAAAUUGAAACCAAUGUACAAAGAAGAUAAUAUAACGAUUAGCGAACUUUCUUCUGCUCUUGGAGCUGCCUUCCCACCAUGUUGCUCUGAUAUUAUCUCCAGUAUUGCUUGUAGACGACUUCAACAGCAUAACCCAUCAAAAUUCCUUGACAGAUGUGCCACUGAUGCUGAUUUUUCUCUUAUUCAAUGUUGCAACACAUGUGGAUUGGAAAGUGCUGCUGAUCGUUACGAGCUCAUCUUCCAAGCUGGACACAAGUCCAACCAAUGUUUUGAUAGACAUGGACCAGAAUUCUGCAAGAGGUUCUUGAAGAAAGAGGAUGUCUGGGGAAAGUCUCAAUGGUCUUGCGAUGGAUCGACAGCUCAUUUGGCGUUCCGCAUUUGCAGAAAAACUUGCAAUUUCUGCCGCAGAGAUAUUUAUCGCACCCCACUCGGACGUUUUGAGCCGGUGACCUGUGGAAAGCCACCAGUGCUUAUUCCGAUCUAA